AUGACUACAGAGUUGCCUAUUCCUGACACGCGCGUGUUGGCCGUCGCUAGUCAUGUUGUAUCUGGCAUGGUGCUGGAGUCACACAGCGCUUACGGCCCGUUUAGUAAUGUAGGAAAUAAGAUUGCGGUGUUCACGCUGCAGUCCCUCGGCUGUGACGUUGCGGCCUUGAACACCGUCCAGUUCAGUAACCACACGGGCUACCGGCAAUGGAAGGGCACCAAGGUCUCCGCUCAGGAGAUCCGCGACCUCUUCGAGGGCCUGAAGCAGUCGUACCUCGACGACUUUGACAUGAUGCUCUCGGGCUACAUCCCCGGUGCCGAGGCCGUCAUGGCCGUCGGCGACAUCGCCAAAGAGCUGAAGGCGAAGUCAGACGCCGGCAGCUUCUUCUGGGUCCUGGACCCUGUCAUGGGCGAUAACGGAAAGCUCUACGUGGCCGAGGAGGUCGUGCCGGCAUACCAAUCGCUCAUCGAACAUGCGGACUUGAUCCUGCCAAACCAGUUUGAAGCCGAGCUGCUCUCCGGCGUCAAGAUCACAGACAUGGAGUCACUUCAAUCCGCCAUCCGCGCCCUGCACUCCAAGUACCGCAUCCCCCACAUCGUCAUCACCUCGGUGACCUUCACGGCCCCGGACCACCCGCCCUCGCACCUCUCCGUCGUUGGGUCGACCAUGAACCCGGAGACGGGCGAGCCGCGGCUGUUCAAGAUUGUAUUCCCGGCAAUCGACGCCUACUUCUCCGGCACGGGCGACAUGUUCGCGGCGCUGAUGACGGUGCGCAUACGCGAGGCGGUCAUGGCGGCGUCGAAGUCCGUCAGCCAAGGCGCGACAGGCGGCAAGAGCCUCAAGGACACCAAGUCGUGGCUGAGCGGGCCCGAGGUCGACGCGCUGGACCUGCCGCUUGCGAGAGCGGCGGAGAUGGUGCUGGCGAGCAUGCACGAGGUGCUCACGCAGACGGCGAGGGGCAUGCAGGAGGCCGUCAGGGCGGUCGGGGAGGCCAAGACGGAGGAGGAGCAGAAGAAGCUGCAUCUUCUCAAGAGUAAGAGUGCCGAGCUAAAGCUGGUGAGGAAUUUGGCGUGUCUGCGGGAUCCGGUCGUGGAGUUCCGAGCGAGAAGAAUAUAG